AUGACUGAUGAACAAGUCGAAACUCUUCGAAAACAAAUCGCAGUAUACACAUACAUCUCUGAACAACUCAUUCAAAGGCAUACACACUCCUCUUCUCGCCAACAUCUCACUAAUGGGGCUAGAAUGAGAAUGUUUUGUGACUCAAGAUUAAUCGACAAAUUAAGUUCGAAGCAACGUUGGAAACCGACAAUUUCCCAGGUUCAAGCUUUGGAGAAAAUAUAUGCGGCUAAUCCAGAGGCUCCAAACAAGGAAACGAUUAAAAAGAUAACUGUUGAUUUAAGCGAGCAUGGGAAGAUUUCAGAGAGCAAUGUAUAUAAUUGGUUUCAGAAUAGACGUGCCAGGUCAAAGAAAAAGAAGCAUAGUAAUGUUGAUGCAAAAUCAAAAGUUGAUUCCAAAGAUAAGAUACCUAAACUCAAUGAGUCUGAUGAAAAUCUGGGCCACCAAAACUCUCCAGAAAAUUCUGACUUUUUACCGUACUUUAAUCUAGAAUUAGAUGAGAGUUUUGCAAUCCUCUAA